AUGGCUGGUAAAGGUAUAGGGGUUAAAGGCACCAAUGAUCUCAUGGAGCACGAGCCUCCAAAGUUUGAAGGAGGAUUUAAUCCAGAGGGAGCCCAGAGGUGGGUGGCUAGCAUGGAGAAGAUCUUUCACGCAAUAGGAUGCCAAGAGGAGCACAAGGUGAACUACGCCACCUACAUGCUGUGUGGGGAGGAUGAAGACUGGUGGAGGUUUGCCAGUCAGACGUUGCCACAGGAAGGUGGCUACAUCCAAUGGGAGACCUUUAAUGUGAUCUUCCUAGGGAAUUACUUUCCCCAGGAUCUAAAGAAGCAAAAGGCCAGAGAGUUCCUUAAGCUGAAGCAAGGAAGCAUGACAGUGGGGGAGUAUGCAACAAAGUUCCAAGAGCUGAUGAAGUACUGGCCUCACUAUCAGCAUAAGGACGGAGAGGAGGACUUGUGUGCUCAAUUUGAACAUAGGCUGAGGCCAGACAUCCGAGCUGUAGUCAUAUGUUUCAACUGA